CAAGAAGGAUCUCCUUCCAUGAAAUAAAGCCCAAGCGUUCUGUUGUAUAAAAAAACCAAAACGAGAAAUAAAGCCCACGCUUCGCACCGGACGGUUUCAUCAUACCGGUGAAUCAUUAGGUCUUUUCAGCUUCCAUAGUUGUAUCUGAAUUAUAAUAUAUCAAAAAUUAGGGCACAGAUUCUCUACUCUUCUCCCAUGGCGACACCUCCUUUGCCCAUGUUCACCAUCUUCAAUUCCACCUACCACCCACCUUCCCUCGCCCACGUUAAACAGGAACAUCAAUCCACUCCAACACCACCGCAAUACCAAUUGGCGCCACCACAAUCUCAGGUCAAACAGGAACCACAAGAGUUCUCGGUUGUUGCUCUUCAGGUACCUGACCGACAGCAACCCAAACGGGAUGAACCAAAGGGAGCACAUUUUUUUAAAUCAAUUGACGAACUCUGCAAUCUCUCUGCUGUCAUUAACGAAUUUUAUCGAAGAUUUCAGGAAUUGCAAAACCAUCUUGAUUUCAUCCAGAGCACUAUGGAUGCCGCACUCCCGCCAAGACCAAUAGUCACUGCCAAACAAACGACAACAGAAACAGGCACAACAAGUUCUGCGCCAGCCAAGUCGGAGCUUUUAAUUCUUUGCGAAAUGAUGUGUGGCAAAGACCUCCGUAGAUAUCUUACCUCACAUCUAACCAAUAUCCGGAAGCUUAGAGCUGAAGUUCCUUCCGCCCUUAAAUGCGCGCAGAAUCCUGCCAAGCUAGUGCUGGAUUGCAUCGGGCGGUUUUAUCUGCAGGGAAGCCGGGCCUACACCAAGAAUUCUCCUAUGAUUCCUGGGAGAAAAGCUAGCAUUUUAGUUUUGGAAUUCUUUUUGCAAAUAAUUGACAAUGGCAUUGAGUUUGACUCCGCCGUGAAGCAGGAAGCGGAGCAGGCUGCGCUGGCUUGGAGAAAGAGGCUUAUAGCUGAGGGUGGUCUGGGGAAAGCCAGCGACAUUGAUUCCAGGGGUUUGCUUCUUCUCGUUGGUUGUUAUGGGAUCCCAAAGGCUUUUACCAAUGAGGAUGUUUGGGAUUUGGUUCGGAUGAGUAAUUCAAAGCAGAUCGCGGAUGUCCUUCGAAGAUCCCAAGUCCUUGUUGCCAGGGUCUCAGAUAUUCUAGAGAGAAUGAUGAACAAUGGAAUGAAAAUUGAAGCUGUUGAUGUGGCUUAUACUUUUGGGAUUGAGGAUAAGUUUCCUCCUCAGAAGCUUCUGACUUCUUUCCUGCGAGAUACUAAAGAAGCAUCAAAGAGGAGAAAGAGGGAAGCAAAUAAUUCACCUAUCUUACUGAAAGAAGCAAAUGAGAAGCAGUUGGCUGCUCUGAAAUCAGUAACAAAGCUACUUGAAGACCGCAAGCUUGAUCCAGUAAAGGUUCUUCCUGGAUGGCAACUUAGGGAAAUGAGAGACAAGCUAGAGAAAGAAAUUGCUGACCUCAGUAAAAGGAUAGAAGAUAAGGUGGCAUUAAAAAGAAAAGCAGAUGGGAAUGAGUUCUCAAAGAAGAGUCAAGAAACAAAACGUCCACGAUUUGCAGGUUCACCCCUGAUAUCCUCUCCAGGCAUUGGGUUGCUCGAACAAAGGGCUGCUGGUCAUGUGGAUGGCAGUGGCUUGUACAAUGCUUCCCUGCGAAUGAACUUGUUGGAUGGUGGAUUUUCUGGUCAUGUCAACAAUCCUUCUGUUGCUGGAUCUGUGUUGUAUGGAUCUGGUGUGGUAUCUUUGCCUGAACAUGUCCGUGGCACAGUGGCAGGAGGUGGGACUGUAAUGCAUGGUGCUGGAGUGGGUCUCUCAGCUGCAUAUAGUAUUCCAUCCACCAGUUCAUUUGCUGGAGUUCACAGGGAGAUGCUUGUUGAUAGGACCGGGCAAAUAUUGGCUAGCAAUGGUGCAGCAUAUGGAUGGCCUGGUGUUGGGGAUGCUGCCUUUAUUGAUGGGUCUCGGGGGCAGAGCUUUAUUCAUCAACCAGCAUCUGGUUUGUUUGGGCCAUCAUCAUCAAUAGAAGGUUUUGUGGGUGUAUCAAAUUCUCCACCUAUUGGUGCUGCUAAUAGGAGCUCAACGUCUGAUCUAUAUCGAUUUGCUGAUGCUGUUAAGUGAGUACAGCAGUGGUACUCAGCAAGGCUAGCCCAAUACAACCUGUUGAUUCUGAUGCUGACUCCCAUUGCCUUGUUUGAUUUGUAAAGUAAAUAUAGUUAAUUUUCUGGAAUGGAGAAAAUAGCAGAAGCAUGAGUUGAUUUUCAUUGUACAAGGUGCUGCUCUGCAUGUUAAACUUAUCUGCCAAUGCAUUGGGUCGUAUGGCAAACACAAUCCACUUAAGAUAUUUUACCUAGUGUGGAGAAAAUGCAUCGGUAAGAUCUACUGUAUUCUUUCAAGUCUUUGUGCAAUGAGAAGUUGAUGCGAGUAGUCUUUCAUUGCUAA